AUGAUAGAGAGGUUGGAGACUUUGGACAAUGGCAAACCAUAUGAUUCUGCACUUGGUGAUAUAAAUGGUGCAAUUAAAUUAUUGCGAUACAAUGCUGGAUAUGCUGAUAAAAUCCAUGGGAAAACAAUUCCAAUCGAUGGUCCUUUUUUUUGUUACACUCGCCAUGAACCCGUUGGUGUAUGUGGUUUGAUUGUGCCAUGGAAUUUCCCUUUCUAUUUGACGAUUUUGAAGAUUGCUCCAGCAAUUGCCUGUGGAUGUACUUGUGUAGUGAAAUCAGCUGAGCAGACUCCACUGACAGCAAUAUAUUGCUCUGCCUUGAUAAAAGAGGCUGGAUUUCCACCUGGUGUUGUCAAUAUUUUAGCAGGUUAUGGUCCCACGGCGGGCGCUGCUAUCUCUGAACAUAUGGAUGUGGAUAAAGUUUCUUUCACUGGAUCCACUGAGGUUGGAAGAAUCAUCCAGAUAGCAGCUGCCAAAUCUAAUUUGAAGCGAGUAACUUUGGAACUGGGAGGAAAAAGUCCAAACAUAGUCCUCUCAGAUGUUGACAUGGACUUUGCAGUGGAAGAAUCUCACCAGGCGUUGUUUGGUAACAUGGGCCAAGUGUGUUGUGCUGGAUCACGUACUUUUGUACAGGAAGAUAUUUAUCCAGAAUUUGUCAAGAAAAGUGUAGAACGUGCCAAAAAACGCGUUAUUGGUAAUCCAUUUGAUACCACUACAGAGUCUGGGCCACAGAUUGAUAAUGAGCAGUUUGACAAGAUAUUUGAACUAAUUGAGAGUGGGAAAAAAGAAGGUGCAAAACUUGAAUGCGGAGGUGGUCGUCAUGGUGAUAAAGGAUACUUUGUUGAGAGCACUGUAUUCUCAGAUGUGAACGAUGAUAUGAGGAUUGCCAAAGAAGAGAUAUUUGGUCCAGUUCAGCAAAUUAUGAAAUUUAAGACCAUUGAAGAAGUGAUUGAACGAGCUAACAAUACAUCAUAUGGACUUGCUGCUGGUGUAUUUACUAAGGAUAUUGAUAAAGCAUUGACCAUUUCCAAUGCACUGCAAGCAGGAUCUGUGUGGGUCAACUGCUGGGGUGCUGUUAAAGCCAAUACUCCAUUUGGUGGAUACAAGAUGUCAGGAAAUGGAAGAGAAUAUUGUGAUUAUGGUUUGGAAGAAUUUACUGAAAUAAAAACCGUGACUGUGAAGUUGCCCUACAAGAAUUCCUAGUUGCAUUACUGAUGGAAAGAUGAAGCUAUGCCCUCGGUGGUGGAUAUAUUAGAUUUUAAAAAUGUUCAUAGUGAUGUACAAAACAAAUUGAUUUUUUUACCAGGUUAUUCUAUUCAUUGGCUUGACCUGAGCAUGUUAUAUCGACUAAGAGUGAAGGGAAUUUGUAUAUUCAUAAAGAUCUUUGUAAUAGGUCAUUACCGUCUGAUGUGUUCAGUUGCUUCUUUCAACAAUAAAACUCUACAUCUGCUCUCUGCA